CAGUCGAGCAGCGGUAUCGGUGCUGUGCUUGUGACCCGCGCUUGUGAGUGAACGCCGGUGCGUGUGCGAAGGUCUACUUCUCUGCCCGGCUUCGGUGAGCAAAAAAAAAGUAAGUGUGUUGUGCUGAAACCAUGCAUGUAGGAGUACCAGGGUUGCCCCUGCAACAACGACGUUGCAUCUAGGCGAAGAAGAGUACCGUGUGGAACAACUGCCUUCCGGUGGAUUACGUGAAGACGCGUCUAGGCUGCCUGCAUCCGGUCUGGAUUCGUCGCGUGGUUCGCCUGAAGAAGGAAACCGCCUUUAGUGAAGUUGAACUGCUCGGACCUAGGUCGCCGUUUUCCAAGGUGCUAGUGCAGUUGAGUAGUAGGUGGUUAAGAAAGUGCUCUGCGCUAUGGGUUGCAACUUGGGCAAAGGCUCACAGCCAGACGAUUCCGAGGUCCGCGAUAAAGUCCAAUGCGACGUCGCCUCAGACGCCUCCACCGGGCAUGCUGGCUGACCGGAUGGCCGAUGGCGUCGCCAUGGUCAACAAGGCUUGCAACGACGUGCAACACGUGUACCGGGAAAUAACUUCGGACCAACACCACGACCGGCAAGAUCACGAGUCGGCGGAGGGCGAGCAGCAAGCGAACCACCAGCGGUCCAACGAGGACGCCGAGGAGCGAGCGGCUGCCGAGGCUGCCACCAAGAUACAGGCCACCUUCCGCGCCUACAAGGUGCGCAAGGAGGUGCGCCUCGGAGGAAGCAGCGCAGGAGGGAGCGAGGCGAACCUCUCUCCGUCUCGCACCGACCCAGCCAUGAAGGAGCCCGAAGAGGAAAACCUGGCCGACAUCGACCUGAGCGACCCGAGCCUAAACCAGGCGGCCAGCAAGAUCCAGGCGACGUUCCGGGGCCACCGGGUUCGCAAGAGCCCGCUGCACGAACCCAAGGAACCCGGAGACCGGCAGCAGCAGGAAGGGGAAGCCACCGACCAGGCGGACGACGCCAGCAAGGAACUGCCCGACGAGCUUAAGGACAUGGACCUAAACGACCCCGACCUGGCGAAGGCAGCCGUCAAGAUACAGGCCACGUUCCGCGGCUACAAGACGCGCGCUAAGCCAGAAUGACCACAAACAGGUUGAAGAUCAUCGUGAAAACUUCGAGGAAGCCUGCCCAUAAAUGAAUUAUUUAUGACACAGCAUGCGAAUCUACAAUGUUCGACUUUCAUCUAACUCCGAUGCACGCAACAGAGGCAACGGGAAAGAAGCUGGCCACCAAAAGAAAGAUUCCUGGCAACCCCGGUCUGCGUAUCGCACUGCACCAUUCCACAUUCCCCAAAACACUUGCCUUGUAUCUCAAAUCUUCGACGGUGCUUCGGUAACCUUAACGCAUUCUAAUUUCACACAAGCAGUUACACCAAUGUCUAGAAAUUAUACACAGUUCAUGGCCUGCUCACGUGUAAACGCUUAGGGAAAGUAAUUAGAUUCAAUGCACAGGUGGAACUCCCGCGCCAUGUUUCUCCAGAGUACUCACUUAAGUGUUUUGUAUGAGCACGUGUUAACAUGGCCUCUAGCAGGCGCAUUUGCGAAAUUCUAAAAUGCAGUUUUCAUCCCCCAUUUCCUUUUCCCCAGUGCAAGAUAACAAACGAGACAUGCGUCUGGUUGACCCCCUGCGUUUGCUUUUACUCGUCUCGCUGUCUCUUCGAAGCUUAAGACCCUAUUCGAACCUGUGUUUCAGACGCAAUUUCCGUGCCCGUGCAUAUGCACAAUAUUACCCGAAAAUUUUUUCGUCGAGUCUUUCGUGUGCUGACAAGCGUGCCACUCUUUGGCGCCAUCGAAUGACGCACUCCCUGCGUUCUAACGGAUCCACCGUAACCGGCCGCUCGCCGCAGUCGUCUGAGAAUGCGGAGGAGCAGAAGAAUCCAUUCGGAGCACUCAUGAGCUACCAUGCGGACCUAGAGGGUUGCCGAUAGCAAGACACUUUUCGUGCGAAAAAUUGGUUCAUACAAGUGCACACAAAAUAUUCAACGCGCUAGAAUGAAGAAAUGCUUCGCUAACAAAGCUCAAGAAAAAAAAAAACAAUAAGCCAGUUGAUCCCCAACCACACGUACGCUUUACAACGCGUCAGCGUAUGGCGUGUAGACUCGGAGGAACAGGGCGCGCAGCUGCAAACUGAGUGCCCCCUCUCUACAUAGAACAAUGGCAUGUCACGCACUCACUCGUUGAAAAUCCACGCAUGCGCGUUACAGCUGUGACGCGUAGACUCGCGCCGCUCCCUCUCCUUAUAGAUAGACAGAGAGCGCGUGGCUACACGAAGCUACGCGCGCUCUCUUUCCACACUAAGGGAGAGGGCGCUGCGUCACUGUAAUGCGAACGUGUGGUUGGAGCUCUAGAGAUGCCUGGCACACUGUUCUAUACUGCAUGGUGUGAUCUAAACAAGCCCUCGUCUAUGUAGCACAACACUCUAAAGAGAAAUCGAGGGAGUGUUUCUGCUGCACAACAAUAUAAUCGUCAUUUAUACUUCGAGUACUUUCCUCGCGCUAUCGCCACGGUUCCGGUAGUUCGCGGUCACGUACGGCACGCGCGUUCUCAAUGUGACAUGGGAUUCCCGACAGGAACGUGGCCAGCGCUGGGUUUUCAAAAAAAGGAACGGCGAGCAAGUCUGAUUACGAUUAUUGUUGUGUAGCAGAACUACUAUCAGAAUACUCCAUUUUUUUCUCUUAGAGUUAACAAUAAGAAAAGCGAUUGGCAAGCAACUUCCGAGGAGUACAGUGCGUAAGAUAUCCGCCGCGCGUCCAAGGUGGAUUUAUUUCAUUCCACGGUAAUGACAUCAGUGAUGUCUCUUUUCUGCCUUCAUUGCACGGAGCUGAACAAGAGAGUGGGGUUGAUGUGAUAUUUUUAAUGCGGUUGCCUGUUGUUGCGGCUCAAAUGAAAAAAAUAAAUAAAAGCUCGUUUGCAGCUUAAACUGCCGAAAGUAAAUGCUAGGACAGUGCAUGUAAUCACGUGACACGUAGGAUGAAAAGAACUGCGCCAGCAAGCUCCACGUAAAAUAAGCAUAUCACUCUCAGCUGACUAGCUGGUGAUCGCGGACGUGUUCGCUACCAUUUACUCGAGGGUAGCUCCUAUUCAAGAAGUCCAUUUAAAGCAAGGGCAGCACUGCUUGUUUGGACGCGACCGGCAAAUGUAGGAUUAUCUGCCAAUAAUUAACGAUGAUAACACGGCCAAGAGACGUCCCGGACUGUAACCAAAGCAGAGCUAGAACAAACCAAAUAAUGAUAUUCCGCACAUGUAAUCUUGGUUUCCAGAAUUCUGCAAGCAUUACUGCUAGACUUGCAUAUAAUUAAUCCCUAAAGACUAAGAAAUCACGACCCAUAUAAUUCAUGUCCAAUUCGCUAACAGCAACGUAACAAUUCUGCCUUCUGUGGAUGCCCGUGUGAGAAUGCACCCUUACAUCCCCAUCUCGAAUACCCAAAUCUUAUUCAGCAUGUGCAAGUACCAAUAUGACGAGUCCUCUGCAGCCAAAAUAAAAAAAAUUGAUAAAUACACGAUUCAAUUAUAAAAAGAAAUUGAGGCUCAAAUCGCACCUGAUCUACUUCGAUAAUGCGACCAGCCUGAUACAAGAUAAUUUUCGUAAAGCUGAAUUACCCUAUUUAGCGAAACUCCCAUUACUGUAAACCUGCAGGCAGCCGUUUUAUGUAGGAUUUUACUGACAUAAAAAUGCUGCGUGCCUGUGUCGCUGUGCAGCAGUGCAACAGUUUCAUCAUCUCGGCUCCAUUUCCCGCAGGUCAAUACCGCAAAGUCAUAACCAGACAUAAAAAAUUAACAUGAGCCCGCUAAAAGAUAUAUCUAAUCAAAUACUGAAUAUUGUCUCCUCCAAUUCCAACAUUUUCCCAUCGGAGAAGUAAUGUGCUUCAUAAAUGCACCGAGAAGAAACGCUUCCGCUAGCAUAUACAAUGUAAGCAUUCAAUCACAGUGCUAUUAGCGAACGAGUACUUACUCGCCAACCUUACUGCCUUUGCCCUUGGAAAGCAGUUCGCGACUUAAUGAAUGUUUUGGUGUUGCUUGUGAAGCCUGUGUGCACUUGUUGAAAUAAUAUUAAAAAACAUGGCUGCUAUGUUUGAAAAUGAAAAUCAAAGGGGAGUGCACAGGCUGAUUCAGUUGGGCAGGCGGCCGUUGUUAACUGACUGGCCGGUUUGUAGCAUUCGUAGGAGUGCAGUCGUUCGCUCUGCCUUGACACUAUAGCUUUAAUUUUAUUUCUGAAUGUCUCACAUUCGCAUUCCCUAUGGGCCAGUGUUCGUAAGGAAACCUCAACGCCCGAGGUGAUGUGUUACAGGGAGUAGAACGUUCGAAUAUGUGUGUGGCCACAAUGAAGAUGAUAUAUGUGCUAAGUAUGAUAAAAGAAAGAAGAUAUGUCUUCAUUCUCUAAUAAAAGUAUUAUUACGAACAUUCA